GCGGAGCACUGACGUGCGCGCGUCGUGGUGGCCUGGCCUCUGCGUUCCACUUCCUCCGCGGCCCUCGCCUCGCCAGAACAGCGCGGGAGAUCUCGGGAUCGGGCGGCCCUCCUCCUCCGGCGUCCGGAUCGAGAGGAUUGGAGCCGAAUCCGAUCGCCUAGGCGGCGCAGCGGGGCGUGGGGGCGCGAUGGCGCCGGCGGUGGUGUCGGCGCUGGCCAAAUACAAGCUGGUGUUCCUCGGCGACCAGUCCGUGGGCAAGACCAGCAUCAUCACCAGGUUCAUGUACGACAAGUUCGACACCACCUACCAGGCAACGAUUGGCAUUGACUUUCUGUCAAAAACAAUGUAUCUAGAAGACCGCACUGUACGUUUACAACUCUGGGAUACUGCAGGACAGGAGAGAUUUAGGAGCCUCAUUCCAAGCUACAUCAGGGACUCUUCCGUUGCGGUGGUUGUUUAUGAUGUAUCCAACAGACAGUCCUUCCUGAACACCUCAAAGUGGAUCGAUGAAGUCCGCACCGAGAGAGGUGGCGAUGUGAUAAUCGUGCUUGUUGGGAACAAAACUGAUCUUGUCGACAAGAGACAAGUGUCCACAGAAGAAGGAGAGAGCAAGGCGAAAGAACUGAACGUCAUGUUCAUCGAAACCAGCGCGAAAGCCGGCUUCAACAUCAAGCCGCUGUUCCGCAAGAUCGCCGCGGCCCUGCCGGGAAUGGAGACGCUGUCGGCGAAGUCUGAGGACAUGGUGGACGUGAACCUGAAGCCCACUUCCAGCCAGUCCAACUCGCAGCAGCAGGCGGGGAGUGGAUGCGCGUGCUAGAAGAGUGCUAACUCUGCACAUACACUGGCUUGACAAACGUGUUGUUAACUGUUAAGCAGUUAUAUCAGUUCUGUUACUGCUGUCCUUAAUUCCCUGAUUACCUGAUGCUUCUUCUGUAGUGAGUCUUACUUUGUUUUCUCGAUCAUGUGCAUCUCGAUUUUUUGUACGGCGAAAGACCAGAUGUUCUCUUGCAGUUUAAGACAUAUUCGAACUCUUUUGUGCUA